AUGGACAACCUUCCAACGACUCCAUCUGCAGUACCUGCACAAGGUGCAACAAAAGAGCAACUCGAAAAUUUGGCCGUCGUCCUUGGCCCUAUGAACCAACAAGAUUUGGACGACAUGCUUCGCGACUCGCCUCCAGACGAUAGCCCAGAGGUCAUUAACCGUCGAUACCAGCCCCUCACCCUUGGUGACAUUUUCUCUGCCAAUGACCGCCCCAUGCUGCCUUCUCAGUCUCCUUCACCGUCUUCCCCUGCUGGGAAUCUGGGUGGCAUCCCUGAUGACCCAAACGACGAUGACUCUCCAGAUAGUGUGGCAAAACUUCUCUUCCAUACACCAAACACAGUUGGCCGAAUACCUAGGCACAUCACCGACAUUCUCAACAAGGCCUUUGAACAGGCCGACAACAUCUUUUCAGAGGCAGCCCAAAAAACUGGCCUCACAGCGGAUCGUGUUGUUACAUUGUGGGGCCGGCGGAAGCACACCACGCCCAAGGUCAAGACCCACUAUUGGAACGUCUAUGAGAAGUACUUUGCCCAGCAUAUGGUGGAAGAACGAAAUCGUCUUGGCAAUCCUGAGGCAACCUGUCGCGAAUGCUAUACCAGUUUCUGUGCCCAACCCAACUGGAAGGAACGUCUCGAUAUUUUUGCUGACCUCGCGCUGCUUGACAAGCAGGAGAUCCAAGGAGAUCGCCGUCGUGCUUUCCACAAGUACAUAGAUCGGGUGAACUCUUUGAUUCAAGACGGUUCUCGUCUGAAUUUUGAAACCUUGUUCCUCUCAAUAGGGAACUGUAUCAAUGAAGACAAUAACAUCGUUAAGGUUCAAUACUCCUCUCGCGUGGAAGGCUUCUUUCGCAGUAUUCGCAUGUCAGAGAACCAGUUUAUUGCCCUUUUGAAAUCACAUGUCUUCUCUCGCGUCGCCACUGAAUAUCUUGAUCGGCACGACCUAUUGCAAGAACAAAUUCCUGCCGGCGAUGUGGCGAUGGCCAAAGACAAACCUGCUGUUGUUGCAGAAGGAUCAGCACUGGUAGAAGACGUUAGCGGUGCUGCCCCCGAAGAGCAUGCUCAGGAUGGGAAAGGUGGCACAACAACAGCGAACCUGCGUAGGCAUUUUGUCUCUAUAUUUGAGGCCGUCGGUGGUGGCCUUCCAGGAGUUCACUUUUCUUGGUCAGGACUUCUGCGGACAGCAGCCAACCAGGGAUUUGCUUUCAAAUACUGGCCUCCUGUUGUUCGCUUUCCUGGAGAGGGAGUGGAACCUGGUCAAAAGAAGACUGGUGUCAAGGCUAUUGGGGCAUUGGAAACUAAAGCGCUGUUAAAAGCCUUUGAGUCGAAGGGCACCGCUCCAUAUCUUGUAAAAGUUGACCGAGAUGCUGUACUCAAAAGUCGAAUUCCUGUUAUUGAAGAAGCACCUCCACCCCUCGACUCGAUACACUCUCAUGCCCGUGUCCAAUAUCUCAAUGGAACAGUUAAGCGGAUAGGACUAUCCAAGGCUUCCGUACCUACACCUAGGCCCCCGAACCUGAAGCCCACACCAGCAACAACCCAGGCUCGCACUGUUGCUGCUAGCGGAAGCAGACCCAACACCCGAUCCAUCACCAAAAACAACGAGACGGACGCGACUCGGACCAACGAGGCAGAGGCGAAUCAGACCAAGUUCAACGAGACAGACACAACACGGACAGACACCACUCGGACCAACGAGAAGGACAAGAACCAGGGUGUCGAUCCCCUUGAUCCAUACAACGAUCUGUACGCAACCGAGUCAGAUGACGAAUCAAAAAUUAAGAAGUCAGUCAAGAAGGCUGGCAAGCAGCUGUUGAGACCCACCGCUGUCAUUACCUCGACAACCGACGAGAAGGACAAGAACCAGGGUGUCGAUCCCCUCGAUCCAUACAACGAUCUGUACGCAACCGAGUCAGAUGAUGAAUCAAAAAUUAAGAAGGCAGUCAAGAAGGCUGGCAAGCAGCCGUUAAGACCCACCGCUGUCAUUACCUCGACAACCUCCCAGGUGGCCAAUGGCUUCUCCAAGGCGGACGGCCCAUCAGCUUCUCGUGCCGCCUCUCAGGCUGCUGCUCCAUCCUUGCCGUCCCUGCUCCCCCCUCAGCCCAUUUCAAACACAUCUGGGUCAGGAAAAGAAGAGGCAAGAUCAGCGGUCCCAAGGCCCCGUGCUCAGCCUCUGUUGCCGUCGAUUGACCCAAAUUUUCCCUUGGUUCCUUCAACCCAUAACCAAGGCCUGGCAACCCCGAAGGCCAAGACGCCCUACCGUGGAUUUUCGCCUAUCAACCACGCGGCUCUAGUUGAGGCCUGCCAUCCCACAAUCAAGUCGGAAGGACCUGAUCUCAGGAAUUACACAGCAGAUGAGGUUUCGGCUUACAUUGCAUCCUCUGUUGGGACCUCGUCACAAGCGAUACUUCCCUCUAAACGGUCUGUUGACUUUGUCGAGCAGCCGCAGACUGCCACAACACCGCCGAAGAAAAGGAAGGAAACCACUCCCUCAGCUCCUCCAUCCCAAAUACGGCCUGCGAGUAUUCAUCCACUACCAACAGCAGCACCUCCUCAGACCCUUCCAAGCUCGUCAGUCGGCUCAAGUGAAAUGUCCUUCAGCCGGCCAUCUCAAUCGGAGGGCGGUCAACUCCACGUACUGCCAAUGGCUUAUGAACGGCAGCCUACCCUGCAUGCACCGUACAAGCAAGAGGCGUAUCCGGUCACCCUUCCUGCGUCCUACCAAGAAGGUCCUCACCAGCCACCUGCUGAACAUUACCAAAUGCCGUCUCAUCCUCCGCCGCCUAUGCAUCACGACUACGGCUAUGCACCGUAUGCGCCGUAUGGAUACCCUCCGCACACGAGAGGCAUGCCGAUGCAUGGAUACCAUGGUGCACCCUCUGGCCCCCCUCAACCCUUGCACUACCCCAACACUGCGUAUCACCCUCAGCCAGAAUCAUACUAUCCACCCCACCCAGCAACAUACGGGCAUGCACCACCCCAUUACCCCCACCGUCCCCCCCAGCCUGAAUAUGCUCGAAUGCGGCCUGUAUCUCAUGAUGGCCCACCGGUGGCUGGGAACAUACCGUCGCGAGACCCUUCUACUGGCCCCCAUGCAGGCCAGUAA